UCUAUCUUACUGUACUCACUUUGACAAAGCUGCCAAAAUUGAAAUUAAAUUCUGUCUUGCGUUUGUGGCCUUUUUUAUACGUAUCUUGCACCAAAUUAAAUCUGCAAUGGAAAAUUUGAAUAGUGGACUCACCCAGCGCACCUGGCGUCGCAUCCUGGACCGCCUGGCGCCGAUGAGAGGCUGCGAGGUGGCCCAGAGGGACAUCAGUUGGUACCGCGGACUCUCCCAGUCCCAGAUGGGGGCAGCCAAUCGAUUAUCGGACCUCCUGCGGGGCAAUAUGGACAAGAAGACGACCUCGGAGGUGGCUAAGCUCAUGGUGCGACUGGGAUUGCAUCCUGCGCCACCACGGAAAGCGCUUCGUCAGGUCAUCGAACUCAGUCGAGGCAAUGAUCUGGCCUUCCUCUGGUUCCUCAUGGAAAUGUGCUACAAGACACCGAAUCACGGCGAGACUUAUAGUGUCAACGAGCAGAUCCUAAUGUCGACCAUCUUCCGCUUGGAUCUGUUUCCCACCCUCAGGGAGCUGGACCGCUGGCUUCCCCUGCCACAUUCCUCCCAAUCGGAUCGGGAAAAGUCCGAGAUCUUGAGGCAAAGAAGUCAGAGACUAAGAAGAGAAAAGGAGGAGGAGCGCCAACAGGAGUUGGCCAGAAGGGCCAAGCUUACAACACCUCUAUCGCCCUACUUUCAGGAGCCCACUAUUGCCAGAGAAACCCGACACGAUCGCAGGAUGCUCUCCGAUCAGCCCGAUACUCCAGCUUUUCUCUUCGACAUGGAUGAGGAGCCCAUCGAAACUGGCCUGUGGUCCCGCUGGUUUGGAAGCUACACUCUUAACGAGGCCCAACGAGUGGGAAAAUCCAUCAUAUUCCAGGAGAUAAACAGCAUCUUUGAGUCCUUCAAGGCGGCCUCACUGCCACCGCAGGAUGUGGAGUCCUUGUGCACCCAUCAUCAGUACAUUCGGGAGAUGGAGAGGUCCCUGAAGAUCCAGCUGGAACGUAUGAAGCAGAGAAAGUGUCAGGAGCUCUUAGAGGUCAGGAAUCGGUUGGAGGAAAGGCGGAGAAAGCAGGUGAUUCAGGAUCUGGAGGAGAUGAGCGCCUGUUACCUGAAGCGGUUCCAGGAAAUGGCAGCCCGGGCCAGACUGGCCUCCACCAGGAAGCAACUCUUUGGAGGCGAUUCCAAAAAGUCUUUCAACUUUGAUAUGCCAAGAAAUGGAACCAAGUGCGAAGAUUUCGAGGAGGAAAGGUGCCAAACCAUCGAGGCAGACAGGUCAUCAGAAGUACCCAGAACUAAAAGACGAAGUAGAAAGAGCAGCAGAUCCAGCAGUGUGAGAAGAUUACCAAGUGGAGCAGAGUCAAAAACACGAACUAGCUCUAGAUCUAGGUCCAGAUCUACUUCCAGGGGUCGCAGAAAAAUGUCCAAGCGAGUUUCGGAUAAGAAGUUUCAAAUACUCCAACCUUCUCCACGAAAGGGCAAAAAUGAAUUCGAGGAUAUAAUGGUUAAAUUAUUAAAAGGGGAAAGGCCCAUCUUACCAGGCUGUCCCGACUUUCAACCCGAACCUGUGAAGUGCGCCAAGUGUCAUAUUUACGACCCCCAAGAGGGCUUACCCCAAGAGCGAGUCCCAAAACAUCGACCCAGCAGCCUGAUGCAGUUCCUCCAGCUGUGCGUCAUUGAAGAGGAUGAGGAGGAGGAUUUGGAUCCCAAACGGGAACCAAAUCCUUCCCCUCCUCCUGCUCAAGAGCCCAGGAUCCUUCGGAUGGGUCUCCCAGGAACCAAUAGCUUUAAGUUCAACUAUCGUGAGUUGUUUGGCUCGCUGCACAGGACUCACUUGAACGACGAAAGGAUGCGUCUGAAGGAGGCCUUUGUGCGGGCCAUCGACGAUGAUGUCCAGUACCUCAGUGCGGCCUUGGACGGCGAGGAAGAGGGCUCCCUGGAUGCGCUGGUGGACAGGGCAGCCAAGCGGCUUUUCGCCGAGGAUGUUAAGACGUUUCACAAGGAAUUGGAGAAGUUACAGAGAAAAAGAGAUGCUGAAAUAAGCAAAGAGAAUCACAGUGAUCGGUUGAACUUCGGUCAGGAGUUCUACGAUCCCGAAAACAUCCCCUUGAUGAAGGAAAUGCUGCGGCUGGGUCUUGAAAAAGUCGCUCAGGAUAAAAGAUAUGUACUACCCACCUUGCCGGAUGUGCAUUCCGUACCCUAUCUCGUCGAAUGGAUACGUCUUCGCUACGGGAAACGCUACUCCUACAGAGAAAAGGAAGCGAUUUUGAGCAAGGACAAGGUGGUCAUGGACCAAGUAGCCUGGCUGAUGCGCACCAAAUUGGUGAAUAUACCCUCACUUCCUGGCGGAAAUAGCAUAAAUAACCUGGCCAAACUGAGGAAGAUAAGCCAAGUACACAGGGAGCACCACACCAACAGAUUCCUGGAAGCCAUCAUGGAGGCGGAAAGGGUUUUCUAUGCGGCCAUGAAACCACAGCUGUGCAACCUGGCCACUGAGUCCACCUUCCUGGCCUACCUGCCCUCCCACUACCACGACUUGGGCUUCACUGUCAAUACCCAGAACGGAGAAAUGGAUGUUUUCCAUUAAGGGGCAUAGCUUGUGACAUUAAGACAACUUUUCCAGGAAGAA